UCGAAACAAGUGUUAUAUUGUGUAAACGCAGAAAAGGGAGAAUAUUGACGUCAAUUCAAUCUUGUCAUGUAUAUCAAGCUUUAACAGGGCGUUGCGUAGAAUUAAAUAGUUAGUUAAAAUAAAAAUUAAAAAUUAAAAAAGUGGUGACGUAUUGCAUUAGAAGCAGUAACCAAAAUAGCUAUUGGUGUAGCUUCAUAAUUUUCAUGUUUAAUACCAAUGCAGUCAGAAAUUGACUACUUUUUAAACAAGAGGUUACAGAUUGCUUUAGAAAUGUUCCGUUUUUGCUAUAAUGGGAUUACUAUGCGAGUUUUAUCUUUACACACACGUUUCUACAGUACUUUUAUUGAGCAGUAUGUAUCGUCACUAAUAACAUUAUAAAUUUUAUUAGUAACUCUACUUGAGACUAUGUUGUUUCAUCGCAUUAUGGAAAUAAUAAACAGAUUAUUAUUAACCUUGUUUCUAACAUACCACUUAAUUCGAAGUGACCAACUAACAUUUACAGAAGAGGAAGGUGUGAGUAUAUCCAAGUCUCCAAACGCCACAUUGUCGCCUUCAACAUUACAAUUUUCUAGUCACGAUACAUUGUUUGAUAAAUCCACAACAACUGCAAUGCCAUACACAGGAAAGACAAGUACAAACGAAUAUACCAACACACCAAAUACUAUGGAUACUAGGUCACCAAUAACGGAUAUUCCUUACCAAACUACAUAUUCACCAACAUUAAAAAGUUUAAAAACUGGAUUACAUAGCACUUCAUUCACUGUUUCCGCAGGUGAUGUCGUUAGUUCUACUGAUGUCACAGUAAAUACACGACAAACAACUGCUGCCGAUUAUUCAAUCAAGGAUGAUACCACACAAUCCAUUUCUGAAAAUGAAAUGAAGACAUCUGUAAAAAUUACAAUAGUCACUAAUCCACCUAAAGGGGAUGUAUCAACUACAAAUAUUCCUUUUAGAGAAACGUCAUCGAAAGGUAAUGUAAUUAUUGCUGGUUCAGUUGUGUCCACGGAUGGUGUCGAUACACCUCGUAGCACAACGUCCGUUACCACUGAUGUUACAUCUUCUGUCGGAUUCAUGGCCACUCAAAUGGCAACAUCAAAUAAUGUUCCAACAGAGUCUCCAACAUUUGAUUCCACUACAACUACAUCGACGACCUUGGAACCUACCGUAAGUGACAAGAACACCAAGUUUACUACAAAAAUGGGAAUCCAAGUUUCCACUACCGAGGAAGAGAACACCACACCAAGUUCUUUAGCAACUACAGUUUCUGUUAGUGAAGCUGUAUCAUCAUCAAAUACUCCUUCGAAGUUCAAAACUUCGCAAGUUCUCAGUUCCACAGACAACCCCACUGAGACCAGUGGCAAUAUUGACACUACCUCAAGCAGUUCCACAGUUCUUACUGCUAAGCUCACGUCUUCGACAGUAAGCACGCAGAUAAAGAUGAGUGCAUCACAAGAACUAGAGACGACAUCACCAGUUGUAACCGAUGAGGCUGUCCUUAGUACUACUGACGCAAUCUCCACUAAACAAAAGACACCUUUAAUAACUGAUGUGGAGUACACAACGAAGAAGGCUACCAUACAUUCUGCCCAUGUCAAUACCGGCGAAGAAAUGAACAAAACUAUCGCAACUACAAUAGCCACUAAUACUGCUAGAGGCGAUAUGUCAACUACAAAUAUUCCUUUUAAAGAAACGUCAUCGAAAAGUAAUGUAAUUACCGCUGGUUCAGUUGUGUCCACGGACGGUGUCGAUACGCCUCGUAGCACAACGUCCUUUACCACUGAUGUUACAUCUUCUGUCGGAUUCAUGGCCACUCAAAUGGCAACAUCAAAUAAUGUUCCAACAGAGUCUCCACCAUUUGAUUCCACUACAACUGCAUCAACUACCUUGGAACCUACUGUAAGUGACCGCAGCACAAAGCUCGGUACAAAAAUUGGAAACGAAGUUUCCACUACUGAGGAAGAUAACACCACACCAAGUGCUUUAGCAACUACAGUUUCUGUUGGUGAAGCUCUAUCAUCAUCAAAUACUCCUUCGAAGUUCAAAACUUCGCAAGUUCUCAGUUCCACAGACAACCCCACUGAGACCAGUGGCAAUAUUGACACUACCUCAAGCAGUUCCACAGUUCUUACUGCUAAGCUCACGUCUUCGACAGUAAGCACGCAGAUAAAGAUGAGUGCAUCACAAGAACUAGAGACGACAUCACCAGUUGUAACCGAUGAGGCUGUCCUUAGUACUACUGAUGCAAUCUCCACUAAACAAAAGACACCUUUAAAAACUGAUGUGGAGUAUACAACGAAGAAGGCUACCAUACAUUCUGCCCAUGUCAAUACCGGCGAAGAAAUGAACAAAUCUACCGCAACUACAAUUGUCACUAAUACUGCUAGAGGCGAUAUGUCAACUACAAAUAUUCCUUUUAGAGAAACGUCAUCGAAAAGUAAUGUAAUUAGCGCUGGUUCAGUUCUGUCAACGGACAGUGUCGAUACACCUCUUGGCACAACGCCUUUCACCACUGAAGUUACAAAUUCUGUCGGAUUCAAGGACACUCAAAUGGCAACAUCAAAUACUGUUCCAACAACGUCUCCAGCAUUUGAUUCCGCUACAACUACAUCGACUACCUUGGAACCUACCGUAAGUGACCACAGCACGAAGCUCGCUACAAAAAUUGGAAUCGAAAUUUCCACUACCGAGGAAGAAAACACCACACCAAAUUCUUUAGCAACUUCAGUUUCUGUUAGUGAAGCUGUAUCAUCAUCAAAUACUCCUGCGAGGUUCAAAACUUCGCAAGUUCUCAGUUCCACAGACAACCCCACUGAGACCAGUGGCAAUAUUGACACUACCUCAAGCAGUUCCACAGUUGUUACUGCUAAGCUCACUUCUUCGACAGUAAGCACGCAGGUAAAGAUGAGUGCAUCACAAGAACUAGAGGCGACUUCAUCAGUUGUAACCGAUGAGGCUGUCGUUAGUACUACUGAUGCAAUCUCCAUUAAACAGAAAACACCUUCAAUAACUGAUGCGGAGUAUACAACGAAGAAGGCUACCACAAAUUCUGCCGAUGUCAAUACCGGCGAAGAAAUGAACAAAUCUACCGCAACUACAAUAGUCACUAAUACUGCUAGAGGCGAUAUGUCAACUACAAAUAUUCCUUUUAGAGAAACGUCAUCGAAAAGUAAUGUAAUUACCGCUGGUUCAGUUCUGUCAACGGACAGUGUCGAUACACCUCUUGGCACAACGCCUUUCACCACUGAAGUUACAAAUUCUGUCGGAUUCAAGGACACUCAAAUGGCAACAUCAAAUACUGUUCCAACAACGUCUCCAGCAUUUGAUUCCGCUACAACUACAUCGACUACCUUGGAACCUACCGUAAGUGACCACAGCACGAAGCUCGCUACAAAAAUUGGAAUCGAAGUUUCCACUACCGAGGAAGAAAACACCACACCAAAUUCUUUAGCAACUUCAGUUUCUGUUAGUGAAGCUGUAUCAUCAUCAAAUACUCCUGCGAGGUUCAAAACUUCGCAAGUUCUCAGUUCCACAGACAACCCCACUGAGACCAGUGGCAAUAUUGACACUACCUCAAGCAGUUCCACAGUUGUUACUGCUAAGCUCACUUCUUCGACAGUAAGCACGCAGGUAAAGAUGAGUGCAUCACAAGAACUAGAGGCGACUUCAUCAGUUGUAACCGAUGAGGCUGUCGUUAGUACUACUGAUGCAAUCUCCAUUAAACAGAAAACACCUUCAAUAACUGAUGCGGAGUAUACAACGAAGAAGGCUACCACAAAUUCUGCCGAUGUCAAUACCGGCGAAGAUAUGAACAAAUCUAUCGCAACUACAAUAGCCACUAAUACUGCUAGAGGCGAUAUGUCAACUACAAAUAUUCCUUUUAAAGAAACGUCAUCGAAAAGUAAUGUAAUUACCGCUGGUUCAGUUGUGUCCACGGACGGUGUCGAUACGCCUCGUAGCACAACGUCCUUUACCACUGAUGUUACAUCUUCUGUCGGAUUCAUGGCCACUCAAAUGGCAACAUCAAAUAAUGUUCCAACAGAGUCUCCACCAUUUGAUUCCACUACAACUGCAUCAACUACCUUGGAACCUACUGUAAGUGACCGCAGCACAAAGCUCGGUACAAAAAUUAGAAACGAAGUUUCCACUACUGAGGAAGAAAACACCACACCAAGUGCUUUAGCAACUACAGUUUCUGUUGGUGAAGCUCUAUCAUCAUCAAGUACUCCUUCGAAGUUCAAAACUUCGCAAGUUCUCAGUUCCACAGACAACCCCACUGAGACCAGUGGCAAUAUUGACACUACCUCAAGCAGUUCCACAGUUGUUACUGCUAAGCUCACGUCUUCGACAGUAAGCACGCAGAUAAAGAUGAGUGCAUCACAAGAACUAGAGACGACAUCACCAGUUGUAACCGAUGAGGCUGUCCUUAGUACUACUGAUGCAUUCUCCACUAAACAAAAGACACCUUUAAAAACUGAUGUGGAGUAUACAACGAAGAAGGCUACCAUACAUUCUGCCCAUGUCAAUACCGGCAAAGAAAUGAACAAAUCUACCGCAACUACAAUAGUCACUAAUACUGCUAGAGGCGAUAUGUCAACUACAAAUAUUCCUUUUAGAGAAACGUCAUCGAAAAGUAAUGUAAUUAGCGCUGGUUCAGUUCUGUCCACGGACGGUGUCGAUACGCCUCGUAGCACAACGUCCUUUACCACUGAUGUUACAUCUUCUGUUGGAUUCAUUGCCACUCAAAUGGCAACAUCAAAUAAUGUUCCAACAGAGUCUCCACCAUUUGAUUCCACUACAACUGCAUCAACUACCUUGGAACCUACUGUAAGUGACCGCAGCACAAAGCUCGGUACAAAAAUUGGAAACGAAGUUUCCACUACUGAGGAAGAAAACACCACAGCAAGUGCUUUAGCAACUACAGUUUCUGUUGGUGAAGCUCUAUCAUCAUCAAAUACUCCUUCGAAGUUCAAAACUUUGCAAGUUCUCAGUUCCACAGACAACCCCACUGAGACCAGUGGCAAUAUUGACACUACCUCAAGCAGUUCCACAGUUCUUACUGCUAAGCUCACGUCUUCGACAGUAAGCACGCAGAUAAAGAUGAGUGCAUCACAAGAACUAGAGACGACAUCACCAGUUGUAACCGAUGAGGCUGUCCUUAGUACUACUGAUGCAUUCUCCACUAAACAAAAGACACCUUUAAAAACUGAUGUGGAGUAUACAACGAAGAAGGCUACCAUACAUUCUGCCCAUGUCAAUACCGGCGAAGAAAUGAACAAAUCUACCGCAACUACAAUAGUCACUAAUACUGCUAGAGGCGAUAUGUCAACUACAAAUAUUCCUUUUAGAGAAACGUCAUCGAAAAGUAAUGUAAUUAGCGCUGGUUCAGUUCUGUCCACGGACGGUGUCGAUACGCCUCGUAGCACAACGUCCUUUACCACUGAUGUUACAUCUUCUGUUGGAUUCAUGGCCACUCAAAUGGCAACAUCAAAUAAUGUUCCAACAGAGUCUCCACCAUUUGAUUCCACUACAACUGCAUCAACUACCUUGGUACCUACUGUAAGUGACCGCAGCACAAAGCUCGGUACAAAAAUUGGAAACGAAGUUUCCACUACUGAGGAAGAAAACACCACACCAAGUGCUUUAGCAACUACAGUUUCUGUUGGUGAAGCUCUAUCAUCAUCAAAUACUCCUUCGAAGUUCAAAACUUCGCAAGUUCUCAGUUCCACAGACAACCCCACUGAGACCAGUGGCAAUAUUGACACUACCUCAAGCAGUUCCACAGUUCUUACUGCUAAGCUUACGUCUUCGACAGUAAGCACGCAGAUAAAGAUGAGUGCAUCACAAGAACUAGAGACGACAUCACUAGUUGUAACCGAUGAGGCUGUCCUUAGUACUACUGAUGCAAUCUCCACUAAACAAAAGACACCUUUAAAAACUGAUGUGGAGUAUACAACGAAGAAGGCUACCAUACAUUAUGCCCAUGUCAAUACCGGCGAAGAAAUGAACAAAUCUACCGCAACUACAAUAGUCACUAAUACUGCUAGAGGCGAUAUGUCAACUACAAAUAUUCCUUUUAGAGAAACGUCAUCGAAAAGUAAUGUAAUUACCGCUGGUUCAGUUCUGUCAACGGACAGUGUCGAUACACCUCUUGGCACAACGCCUUUCACCACUGAAGUUACAAAUUCUGUCGGAUUCAAGGACACUCAAAUGGCAACAUCAAAUACUGUUCCAACAACGUCUCCAGCAUUUGAUUCCGCUACAACUACAUCGACUACCUUGGAACCUACCGUAAGUGACCACAGCACGAAGCUCGCUACAAAAAUUGGAAUCGAAGUUUCCACUACCGAGGAAGAAAACACCACACCAAAUUCUUUAGCAACUUCAGUUUCUGUUAGUGAAGCUGUAUCAUCAUCAAAUACUCCUGCGAGGUUCAAAACUUCGCAAGUUCUCAGUUCCACAGACAACCCCACUGAGACCAGUGGCAAUAUUGACACUACCUCAAGCAGUUCCACAGUUGUUACUGCUAAGCUCACGUCUUCGACAGUAAGCACGCAGAUAAAGAUGAGUGCAUCACAAGAACUAGAGACGACAUCACCAGUUGUAACCGAUGAGGCUGUCCUUAGUACUACUGAUGCAAUCUCCACUAAACAAAAGACACCUUUAAAAACUGAUGUGGAGUAUACAACGAAGAAGGCUACCAUACAUUCUGCCCAUGUCAAUACCGGCGAAGAAAUGAACAAAUCUACCGCAACUACAAUAGUCACUAAUACUGCUAGAGGCGAUAUGUCAACUACAAAUAUUCCUUUUAGAGAAACGUCACCGAAAAGUAAUGUAAUUAGCGCUGGUUCAGUUCUGUCCACGGACGGUGUCGAUACGCCUCGUAGCACAACGUCCUUUACCACUGAUGUUACAUCUUCUGUUGGAUUCAUGGCCACUCAAAUGGCAACAUCAAAUAAUGUUCCAACAGAGUCUCCACCAUUUGAUUCCACUACAACUGCAUCAACUACCUUGGAACCUACUGUAAGUGACCGCAGCACAAAGCUCGGUACAAAAAUUGGAAACGAAGUUUCCACUACUGAGGAAGAAAACACCACACCAAGUGCUUUAGCAACUACAGUUUCUGUUGGUGAAGCUCUAUCAUCAUCAAAUACUCCUUCGAAGUUCAAAACUUCGCAAGUUCUCAGUUCCACAGACAACCCCACUGAGACCAGUGGCAAUAUUGACACUACCUCAAGCAGUUCCACAGUUCUUACUGCUAAGCUCACGUCUUCGACAGUAAGCACGCAGAUAAAGAUGAGUGCAUCACAAGAACUAGAGACGACAUCACCAGUUGUAACCGAUGAGGCUGUCCUUAGUACUACUGAUGCAAUCUCCACUAAACAAAAGACACCUUUAAAAACUGAUGUGGAGUAUACAACGAAGAAGGCUACCAUACAUUCUGCCCAUGUCAAUACCGGCGAAGAAAUGAACAAAUCUACCGCAACUACAAUAGUCACUAAUACUGCUAGAGGCGAUAUGUCAACUACAAAUAUUUCUUUUAGAGAAACGUCAUCGAAAAGUAAUGUAAUUACCGCUGGUUCAGUUCUGUCAACGGACAGUGUCGAUACACCUCUUGGCACAACGCCUUUCACCACUGAAGUUACAAAUUCUGUCGGAUUCAAGGACACUCAAAUGGCAACAUCAAAUACUGUUCCAACAACGUCUCCAGCAUUUGAUUCCGCUACAACUACAUCGACUACCUUGGAACCUACCGUAAGUGACCACAGCACGAAGCUCGCUACAAAAAUUGGAAUCGAAGUUUCCACUACCGAGGAAGAAAACACCACACCAAAUUCUUUAGCAACUUCAGUUUCUGUUAGUGAAGCUGUAUCAUCAUCAAAUACUCCUGCGAGGUUCAAAACUUCGCAAGUUCUCAGUUCCACAGACAACCCCACUGAGACCAGUGGCAAUAUUGACACUACCUCAAGCAGUUCCACAGUUGUUACUGCUAAGCUCACUUCUUCGACAGUAAGCACGCAGGUAAAGAUGAGUGCAUCACAAGAACUAGAGGCGACUUCAUCAGUUGUAACCGAUGAGGCUGUCGUUAGUACUACUGAUGCAAUCUCCAUUAAACAGAAAACACCUUCAAUAACUGAUGCGGAGUAUACAACAAAGAAGGCUACCACAAACUCUGCCGAUGUCAAUACCGGCGAAGAAAUGAACAAAUCUAUCGCAACUACAAUAGCCACUAAUACUGCUAGAGGCGAUAUGUCAACUACAAAUAUUCCUUUUAAAGAAACGUCAUCGAAAAGUAAUGUAAUUACCGCUGGUUCAGUUGUGUCCACGGACGGUGUCGAUACGUCUCGUAGCACAACGUCCUUUACCACUGAUGUUACAUCUUCUGUCGGAUUCAUGGCCACUCAAAUGGCAACAUCAAAUAAUGUUCCAACAGAGUCUCCACCAUUUGAUUCCACUACAACUGCAUCAACUACCUUGGAACCUACUGUAAGUGACCGCAGCACAAAGCUCGGUACAAAAAUUGGAAACGAAGUUUCCACUACUGAGGAAGAAAACACCACACCAAGUGCUUUAGCAACUACAGUUUCUGUUGGUGAAGCUCUAUCAUCAUCAAAUACUCCUUCGAAGUUCAAAACUUCGCAAGUUCUCAGUUCCACAGACAACCCCACUGAGACCAGUGGCAAUAUUGACACUACCUCAAGCAGUUCCACAGUUCUUACUGCUAAGCUCACGUCUUCGACAGUAAGCACGCAGAUAAAGAUGAGUGCAUCACAAGAGCUAGAGACGACAUCACCAGUUGUAACCGAUGAGGCUGUCCUUAGUACUACUGAUGCAAUCUCCACUAAACAAAAGACACCUUUAAAAACUGAUGUGGAGUAUACAACGAAGAAGGCUACCAUACAUUCUGCCCAUGUCAAUACCGGCGAAGAAAUGAACAAAUCUACCGCAACUACAAUAGUCACUAAUACUGCUAGAGGCGAUAUGUCAACUACAAAUAUUUCUUUUAGAGAAACGUCAUCGAAAAGUAAUGUAAUUACCGCUGGUUCAGUUCUGUCAACGGACAGUGUCGAUACACCUCUUGGCACAACGCCUUUCACCACUGAAGUUACAAAUUCUGUCGGAUUCAAGGACACUCAAAUGGCAACAUCAAAUACUGUUCCAACAACGUCUCCAGCAUUUGAUUCCGCUACAACUACAUCGACUACCUUGGAACCUACCGUAAGUGACCACAGCACGAAGCUCGCUACAAAAAUUGGAAUCGAAGUUUCCACUACCGAGGAAGAAAACACCACACCAAAUUCUUUAGCAACUUCAGUUUCUGUUAGUGAAGCUGUAUCAUCAUCAAAUACUCCUGCGAGGUUCAAAACUUCGCAAGUUCUCAGUUCCACAGACAACCCCACUGAGACCAGUGGCAAUAUUGACACUACCUCAAGCAGUUCCACAGUUGUUACUGCUAAGCUCACUUCUUCGACAGUAAGCACGCAGGUAAAGAUGAGUGCAUCACAAGAACUAGAGGCGACUUCAUCAGUUGUAACCGAUGAGGCUGUCGUUAGUACUACUGAUGCAAUCUCCAUUAAACAGAAAACACCUUCAAUAACUGAUGCGGAGUAUACAACAAAGAAGGCUACCACAAACUCUGCCGAUGUCAAUACCGGCGAAGAAAUGAACAAAUCUAUCGCAACUACAAUAGCCACUAAUACUGCUAGAGGCGAUAUGUCAACUACAAAUAUUCCUUUUAAAGAAACGUCAUCGAAAAGUAAUGUAAUUACCGCUGGUUCAGUUGUGUCCACGGACGGUGUCGAUACGUCUCGUAGCACAACGUCCUUUACCACUGAUGUUACAUCUUCUGUCGGAUUCAUGGCCACUCAAACGGCAACAUCAAAUAAUGUUCCAACAGAGUCUCCACCAUUUGAUUCCACUACAACUGCAUCAACUACCUUGGAACCUACUGUAAGUGACCGCAGCACAAAGCUCGCUACAAAAAUUGGAAACGAAGUUUCCACUACUGAGGAAGAAAACACCACACCAAGUGCUUUAGCAACUACAGUUUCUGUUGGUGAAGCUCUAUCAUCAUCAAAUACUCCUUCGAAGUUCCAAACUUCGCAAGUUCUCAGUUCCACAGACAACCCCACUGAGACCAGUGGCAAUAUUGACACUACCUCAAGCAGUUCCACAGUUCUUACUGCUAAGCUCACGUCUUCGACAGUAAGCACGCAGAUAAAGAUGAGUGCAUCACAAGAACUAGAGACGACAUCACCAGUUGUAACCGAUGAGGCUGUCCUUAGUACUACUGAUGCAAUCUCCACUAAACAAAAGACACCUUUAAAAACUGAUGUGGAGUAUACAACGAAGAAGGCUACCAUACAUUCUGCCCAUGUCAAUACCGGCGAAGAAAUGAACAAAUCUACCGCAACUACAAUAGUCACUAAUACUGCUAGAGGCGAUAUGUCAACUACAAAUAUUCCUUUUAGAGAAACGUCAUCGAAAAGUAAUGUAAUUACCGCUGGUUCAGUUCUGUCAACGGACAGUGUCGAUACACCUCUUGGCACAACGCCUUUCACCACUGAAGUUACAAACUCUGUCGGAUUCAAGGACACUCAAAUGGCAACAUCAAAUACUGUUCCAACAACGUCUCCAGCAUUUGAUUCCGGUACAACUACAUCGACUACCUUGGAACCUACCGUAAGUGACCACAGCACGAAGCUCGCUACAAAAAUUGGAAUCGAAGUUUCCACUACCGAGGAAGAAAACACCACACCAAAUUCUUUAGCAACUUCAGUUUCUGUUAGUGAAGCUGUAUCAUCAUCAAAUACUCCUGCGAGGUUCAAAACUUCGCAAGUUCUCAGUUCCACAGACAACCCCACUGAGACCAGUGGCAAUAUUGACACUACCUCAAGCAGUUCCACAGUUGUUACUGCUAAGCUCACUUCUUCGACAGUAAGCACGCAGGUAAAGAUGAGUGCAUCACAAGAACUAGAGGCGACUUCAUCAGUUGUAACCGAUGAGGCUGUCGUUAGUUCUACUGAUGCAAUCACCAUUAACCAGAAAACACCUUCAAUAACUGAUGCGGAGUAUACAACGAAGAAGGCUACCACAAAUUCUGCCGAUGUCAAUACCGGCGAAGAAAUGAACAAAUCUACCGCAACUACAAUAGUCACUAAUACUGCUAGAGGCGAUAUGUCAACUACAAAUAUUCCUUUUAGAGAAACGUCAUCGAAAAGUAAUGUAAUUACCGCUGGUUCAGUUCUGUCAACGGACAGUGUCGAUACACCUCGUAGCACAACGUCCUUUACCACUGAUGUUACAUCUUCUGUUGGAUCCAUGACCACUCAAAUGGCAACAUCAAAUAAUGUUCCAACAGAGUCUCCAACAUUUGUUUCCACUGCAACUACAUUGACUACCUUGGAAUCUGCUGUAAGUGACCUCAGCACAAAGCUCGGUACAAGAAUUGGAAUCGAAGUUUCCACUACCGAGGAAGAAAAAACCACACCAAGUGCUUUAGCAACUACAGUUUCUGUUAGUGAAGCUGUAUCAUCAUCAAAUACUCCAUUUAGAGAAACGUCAUCGAAAGGUAAUGUAAUUACCGCUGGUUCAGUUGUGUCUACGGACGGUGUCGAUACACCUCUUGGCACAACGCCUUUCACCACUGAAGUUACAAAUUCUGUCGGGUUCAAGGACACUCAAAUGGCAACAUCAAAUACUGUUCCAACAACGUCUCCAGCAUUUGAUUCCGCUACAACUACAUCGACUACCUUGGAACCUACCGUAAGUGACCACAGCACGAAGCUCGCUACAAAAAUUGGAAUCGAAGUUUCCACUACCGAGGAAGAAAACACCACACCAAAUUCUUUAGCAACUACAGUUUCUGUUGGUGAAGCUGUAUCAUCAUCAAAUACUCCUUCGAAGUUCAAAACUUCGCAAGUUCUCAGUUCCACAGACAACCCCACUGAGACCAGUGGCAAUAUUGACCCUACCUCUAGCAGUGUCACAAUUGAUACUGCUAAGCUCACUUCUUCGACAGUAGGCACGGAGGUAGAGAUGAGUGCAUCACAAGAACUAGAGACGACUUCAUCAGUUGUAACCGAUGAGGCUAUCGUUAGUACUACUAAUGCAAUCUCCACUAAACAAAAAACACCUUCAAUAACUGAUGUGAGGUAUACAACGAAGAAGGCUACCACAAAUUCUGCCGAUGUCAAUACCGGCCAAGAAUUGAACAAAUCUAUCGCAACUACAAUAGUCACUAAUACUGCUAGAGACCAUAUGUCAACUACAAACAUUCCUUUUAGAGAAAUUUCAUCGAAAAGUAAUGUAAUUACCGAUGGUUCAGUUGUGUCCACGGACAGUGUCGAUACGCCUCGUAGCACAACGUCCUUUACCACUGAUGUUACAUCCUCUGUCGGAUCCAUGGCCACUCAAAUGGCAACAUCAAAUAAUGUUCCAACAGAGUCUCCAACAUUUGUUUCCACUGCAACUACAUUGACUACCUUGGAAUCUGCUGUAAGUGACCUCAGCACAAAGCUCGGUACAAAAAUUGGAAUCGAAGUUUCCACUACCGAGGAAGAAAAAACCACACCAAGUGCUUUAGCAACUACAGUUUCUGUUAGUGAAGCUGUAUCAUCAUCAAAUACUCCAUUUAGAGAAACGUCAUCGAAAGGUAAUGUAAUUACCGCUGGUUCAGUUGUGUCUACGGACGGUGUCGAUACACCUCUUGGCACAACGCCUUUCACCACUGAAGUUACAAAUUCUGUCGGGUUCAAGGACACUCAAAUGGCAACAUCAAAUACUGUUCCAACAACGUCUCCAGCAUUUGAUUCCGCUACAACUACAUCGACUACCUUGGAACCUACCGUAAGUGACCACAGCACGAAGCUCGCUACAAAAAUUGGAAUCGAAGUUUCCACUACCGAGGAAGAAAACACCACACCAAAUUCUUUAGCAACUACAGUUUCUGUUGGUGAAGCUGUAUCCUCAUCAAAUACUCCUUCGAAGUUCAAAACUUCGCAAGUUCUCAGUUCCACAGACAACCCCACUGAGACCAGUGGCAAUAUUGACCCUACCUCUAGCAGUGUCACAAUUGAUACUGCUAAGCUCACUUCUUCGACAGUAGGCACGGAGGUAGAGAUGAGUGCAUCACAAGAACUAGAGACGACUUCAUCAGUUGUAACCGAUGAGGCUAUCGUUAGUACUACUAAUGCAAUCUCCACUAAACAAAAAACACCUUCAAUAACUGAUGUGAGGUAUACAACGAAGAAGGCUACCACAAAUUCUGCCGAUGUCAAUACCGGCCAAGAAUUGAACAAAUCUAUCGCAACUACAAUAGUCACUAAUACUGCUAGAGACCAUAUGUCAACUACAAACAUUCCUUUUAGAGAAAUUUCAUCGAAAAGUAAUGUAAUUACCGAUGGUUCAGUUGUGUCCACGGACAGUGUCGAUACGCCUCGUAGCACAACGUCCUUUACCACUGAUGUUACAUCCUCUGUCGGAUCCAUGGCCACUCAAAUGGCAACAUCAAAUAAUGUUCCAACAGCGUCUCCAACAUUUGAUUCCACUACAACUACAUUGACUACCUUGCAACCUACUGUAAGUGACCACAGCACAAAGCUCGGUACAAAAAUUGGAAUCGAAGUUUCCACUACCGAGGAAGAAAAAACCACACCAAGUGCUUUAGCAACUACAGUUUCUGUUAGUGAAGCUGUAUCAUCAUCAAAUACUCCAUUUAGAGAAACGUCAUCGAAAGGUAAUGUAAUUACCGCUGGUUCAGUUGUGUCUACGGACGGUGUCGAUACACCUCUUGGCACAACGCCUUUCACCACUGAAGUUACAAAUUCUGUCGGAUUCAAGGACACUCAAAUGGCAACAUCAAAUACUGUUCCAACAACGUCUCCAGCAUUUAAUUCCGCCAGAACUACAUCGACUACCUUGGAACCUACCGUAAGUGACCUCAGCACAAAGCUCGGUACAAAAAUUGGAAACGAAGUUUCCGCUACCGAGGAAGAAAACACCGCACCUAAAUCUUUAGCAACUACAGUUUCUGUUGCUGAAGCUGUAUCAUCAUCAAAUACUCCUUCGAAGUUCAAAACUUCGCAAGUUCUCAGUUCCACAGACAACCCCACUGAGACCAGUGGCAAUAUUGACCCUACCUCUAGCAGUGUCACAAUUGAUACUGCUAAGCCCACUUCUUCGACAGUAGGCACGGAGGAAGAGAUGAGUGCAUCACAAGAACUAGAAACGACUUCAUCAGUUGUAACCGAUGAGGCUGUCCUUAGUACCACUGAUGCAAUCUCCACUAAACAAAAAACACCUACAAUAACUGAUGUGGAGUAUACAACGAAGAAGGCUACCACAAAUUCUGCCCAUGCCAAUACCGGCCAAGAAAUGAACAAAUCUAUCGCAACUACAAUAGUCACUAAUACUGCUAGAGGUGAUAUGUCAGCUACAAAUAUUCCUUUUAGAGAAACGUCAUCGAAAAGUAAUGUAAUUACCGCUGGUUCAGUUGUGUCCACGGACGGUGUCGAUACGCCUCGUAGCACAACGUCCUUUACCACUGAUGUUACAUCUUCUGUCGGAUUCAUGGCCACUCAAAUGGCAACAUCAAAUAAUGUUCCAACAGAGUCUCCACCAUUUGAAUCCACUACAACUACAUCAACUACCUUGGAACCUACUGUAAGAGACCUCAGCACAAAGCUCGGUACAAAAAUUGGAAUCGAAGUUUCCACUACCGAGGAAGAAAAAACCACACCAAGUGCUUUAGCAACUACAGUUUCUGUUAGUGAAGCUGUAUCAUCAUCAAAUACUCCAUUUAGAGAAACGUCAUCGAAAGGUAAUGUAAUUACCGCUGGUUCAGUUGUGUCUACGGACGGUGUCGAUACACCUCUUGGCACAACGCCUUUCACCACUGAAGUUACAAAUUCUGUCGGAUUCAAGGACACUCAAAUGGCAACAUCAAGUACUGUUCCAACAACGUCUCCAGCAUUUGAUUCCGCCAGAACUACAUCCACUACCUUGGAACCUACUGUAAGAGACCUCAGCACGAAGCUCGGUACAAAAAUUGGAAACGAAGUUUCCGCUACCGAGGAAGAAAACACCGCACCUAAAUCUUUAGCAACUACAGUUUCUGUUGCUGAAGCUGUAUCAUCAUCAAAUACUCCUUCGAAGUUCAAAACUUUGCAAGUUCUCAGUUCCACAGACAACCCCACUGAGACCAGUGGCAAUAUUGACCCUACCUCUAGCAGUGUCACAAUUGAUACUGCUAAGCUCACUUCUUCGACAGUAGGCACGGAGGAAGAGAUGAGUGCAUCACAAGAACUAGAGACGACUUCAUCAGUUGUAACCGAUGAGGCUGUCCUUAGUACCAGUGAUGCAAUCUCCACUAAACAAAAAACACCUACAAUAACUGAUGUGGAGUAUACAACGAAGAAGGCUACCACAAAUUCUGCCCAUGCCAAUACCGGCCAAGAAAUGAACAAAUCUAUCGCAACUACAAUAGUCACUAAUACUGCUAGAGGUGAUAUGUCAGCUACAAAUAUUCCUUUUAGAGAAACGUCAUCGAAAAGUAAUGUAAUUACCGCUGGUUCAGUUGUGUCCACGGACGGUGUCGAUACGCCUCGUAGCACAACGUCCUUUACCACUGAUGUUACAUCUUCUGUCGGAUUCAUGGCCACUCAAAUGGCAACAUCAAAUAAUGUUCCAACAGAGUCUCCACCAUUUGAAUCCACUACAACUACAUCAACUACCUUGGAACCUACUGUAAGAGACCUCAGCACAAAGCUCGGUACAAAAAUUGGAAACGAAGUUUCCGCUACCGAGGAAGAAAACACCGCACCUAAUUUUUUAGCAACUACAGUAUCUGUUGCUGAAGCUGUAUCAUCAUCAAAUACUCCUUCGAAGUUCAAAACUUCGCAAGUUCUCAGUUCCACAGACAACCCCACUAAGACCAGUGGCAAUAUUGACACUACCUCAAGCAAUUCCACAGUUGUUACUGCUAAGCUCACUUCUUCUACAGUAAGCACGCAGGUAGAGAUGAGUGCAUCACAAGAACUAGAGACGCCUUCAUCAGUUGUAACCGAUGAGGCUGUCCUUAGUACUAUUGAUGCAAUGUCCAUUAAACAAAAAACACCUUCAAUAACUGAUGUGGAGUAUACAACGAAGAAAGCUACCACAAAUUCUGCCGAUGCCAAUACCGGCCAAGAAAUGAACAAAUCUAUCGCAACUACAAUAGUCACUAAUACUGCUAGAGGCCAUAUGUCAACUACAAACAUUCCUUUUAGAGAAAUUUCAUCGAAAAGUAAUGUAAUUACCGAUGGUUCAGUUGUGUCCACGGACAGUGUCGAUACGCCUCGUAGCACAACGUCCUUUACCACUGAUGUUAUAUCCUCUGUCGGAUCCAUGGCCACUCAAAUGGCAACAUCAAAUAAUGUUCCAACAGCGUCUCCAACAUUUGAUUCCACUACAACUACAUUGACUACCUUGGAACCUACUGUAAGUGACCUCAGCACAAAGCUCGGUACAAAAAUUGGAAUCGAAGUUUCCACUACCGAGGAAGAAAAAACCACACCAAGUGCUUUAGCAACUACAGUGUUUGUUAGUGAAGCUGUAUCAUCAUCAAAUACUCCAUUUAGAGAAACGUCAUCGAAAGGUAAUGUAAUUACCGCUGGUUCAGUUGUGUCUACGGACGGUGUCGAUACACCUCUUGGCACAACGCCUUUCACCACUGAAGUUACAAAUUCUGUCGGAUUCAAGGACACUCAAAUGGCAACAUCAAAUACUGUUCCAACAACGUCUCCAGCAUUUGAUUCCGCUACAACUACAUCGACUACCUUGGAACCUACCGUAAGUGACCACAGCACGAAGCUCGCUACAAAAAUUGGAAUCGAAGUUUCCACUACCGAGGAAGAAAACACCACACCAAAUUCUUUAGCAACUACAGUUUCUGUUGGUGAAGCUGUAUCAUCAUCAAAUACUCCUUCGAAGUUCAAAACUUCGCAAGUUCUCAGUUCCACAGACAACCCCACUGAGACCAGUGGCAAUAUUGACCCUACCUCUAGCAGUGUCACAAUUGAUACUGCUAAGCUCACUUCUUCGACAGUAGGCACGGAGGUAGAGAUGAGUGCAUCACAAGAACUAGAGACGACUUCAUCAGUUGUAACCGAUGAGGCUAUCGUUAGUACUACUAAUGCAAUCUCCACUAAACAAAAAACACCUUCAAUAACUGAUGUGAGGUAUACAACGAAGAAGGCUACCACAAAUUCUGCCGAUGUCAAUACCGGCCAAGAAUUGAACAAAUCUAUCGCAACUACAAUAGUCACUAAUACUGCUAGAGACCAUAUGUCAACUACAAACAUUCCUUUUAGAGAAAUUUCAUCGAAAAGUAAUGUAAUUACCGAUGGUUCAGUUGUGUCCACGGACAGUGUCGAUACGCCUCGUAGCACAACGUCCUUUACCACUGAUGUUACAUCCUCUGUCGGAUCCAUGGCCACUCAAAUGGCAACAUCAAAUAAUGUUCCAACAGAGUCUCCAACAUUUGUUUCCACUGCAACUACAUUGACUACCUUGGAAUCUGCUGUAAGUGACCUCAGCACAAAGCUCGGUACAAAAAUUGGAAUCGAAGUUUCCACUACCGAGGAAGAAAAAACCACACCAAGUGCUUUAGCAACUACAGUUUCUGUUAGUGAAGCUGUAUCAUCAUCAAAUACUCCAUUUAGAGAAACGUCAUCGAAAGGUAAUGUAAUUACCGCUGGUUCAGUUGUGUCUACGGACGGUGUCGAUACACCUCUUGGCACAACGCCUUUCACCACUGAAGUUACAAAUUCUGUCGGGUUCAAGGACACUCAAAUGGCAACAUCAAAUACUGUUCCAACAACGUCUCCAGCAUUUGAUUCCGCUACAACUACAUCGACUACCUUGGAACCUACCGUAAGUGACCACAGCACGAAGCUCGCUACAAAAAUUGGAAUCGAAGUUUCCACUACCGAGGAAGAAAACACCACACCAAAUUCUUUAGCAACUACAGUUUCUGUUGGUGAAGCUGUAUCCUCAUCAAAUACUCCUUCGAAGUUCAAAACUUCGCAAGUUCUCAGUUCCACAGACAACCCCACUGAGACCAGUGGCAAUAUUGACCCUACCUCUAGCAGUGUCACAAUUGAUACUGCUAAGCUCACUUCUUCGACAGUAGGCACGGAGGUAGAGAUGAGUGCAUCACAAGAACUAGAGACGACUUCAUCAGUUGUAACCGAUGAGGCUAUCGUUAGUACUACUAAUGCAAUCUCCACUAAACAAAAAACACCUUCAAUAACUGAUGUGAGGUAUACAACGAAGAAGGCUACCACAAAUUCUGCCGAUGUCAAUACCGGCCAAGAAUUGAACAAAUCUAUCGCAACUACAAUAGUCACUAAUACUGCUAGAGACCAUAUGUCAACUACAAACAUUCCUUUUAGAGAAAUUUCAUCGAAAAGUAAUGUAAUUACCGAUGGUUCAGUUGUGUCCACGGACAGUGUCGAUACGCCUCGUAGCACAACGUCCUUUACCACUGAUGUUACAUCCUCUGUCGGAUCCAUGGCCACUCAAAUGGCAACAUCAAAUAAUGUUCCAACAGCGUCUCCAACAUUUGAUUCCACUACAACUACAUUGACUACCUUGCAACCUACUGUAAGUGACCACAGCACAAAGCUCGGUACAAAAAUUGGAAUCGAAGUUUCCACUACCGAGGAAGAAAAAACCACACCAAGUGCUUUAGCAACUACAGUUUCUGUUAGUGAAGCUGUAUCAUCAUCAAAUACUCCAUUUAGAGAAACGUCAUCGAAAGGUAAUGUAAUUACCGCUGGUUCAGUUGUGUCUACGGACGGUGUCGAUACACCUCUUGGCACAACGCCUUUCACCACUGAAGUUACAAAUUCUGUCGGAUUCAAGGACACUCAAAUGGCAACAUCAAAUACUGUUCCAACAACGUCUCCAGCAUUUAAUUCCGCCAGAACUACAUCGACUACCUUGGAACCUACCGUAAGUGACCUCAGCACAAAGCUCGGUACAAAAAUUGGAAACGAAGUUUCCGCUACCGAGGAAGAAAACACCGCACCUAAAUCUUUAGCAACUACAGUUUCUGUUGCUGAAGCUGUAUCAUCAUCAAAUACUCCUUCGAAGUUCAAAACUUCGCAAGUUCUCAGUUCCACAGACAACCCCACUGAGACCAGUGGCAAUAUUGACCCUACCUCUAGCAGUGUCACAAUUGAUACUGCUAAGCCCACUUCUUCGACAGUAGGCACGGAGGAAGAGAUGAGUGCAUCACAAGAACUAGAAACGACUUCAUCAGUUGUAACCGAUGAGGCUGUCCUUAGUACCACUGAUGCAAUCUCCACUAAACAAAAAACACCUACAAUAACUGAUGUGGAGUAUACAACGAAGAAGGCUACCACAAAUUCUGCCCAUGCCAAUACCGGCCAAGAAAUGAACAAAUCUAUCGCAACUACAAUAGUCACUAAUACUGCUAGAGGUGAUAUGUCAGCUACAAAUAUUCCUUUUAGAGAAACGUCAUCGAAAAGUAAUGUAAUUACCGCUGGUUCAGUUGUGUCCACGGACGGUGUCGAUACGCCUCGUAGCACAACGUCCUUUACCACUGAUGUUACAUCUUCUGUCGGAUUCAUGGCCACUCAAAUGGCAACAUCAAAUAAUGUUCCAACAGAGUCUCCACCAUUUGAAUCCACUACAACUACAUCAACUACCUUGGAACCUACUGUAAGAGACCUCAGCACAAAGCUCGGUACAAAAAUUGGAAUCGAAGUUUCCACUACCGAGGAAGAAAAAACCACACCAAGUGCUUUAGCAACUACAGUUUCUGUUAGUGAAGCUGUAUCAUCAUCAAAUACUCCAUUUAGAGAAACGUCAUCGAAAGGUAAUGUAAUUACCGCUGGUUCAGUUGUGUCUACGGACGGUGUCGAUACACCUCUUGGCACAACGCCUUUCACCACUGAAGUUACAAAUUCUGUCGGAUUCAAGGACACUCAAAUGGCAACAUCAAGUACUGUUCCAACAACGUCUCCAGCAUUUGAUUCCGCCAGAACUACAUCCACUACCUUGGAACCUACUGUAAGAGACCUCAGCACGAAGCUCGGUACAAAAAUUGGAAACGAAGUUUCCGCUACCGAGGAAGAAAACACCGCACCUAAAUCUUUAGCAACUACAGUUUCUGUUGCUGAAGCUGUAUCAUCAUCAAAUACUCCUUCGAAGUUCAAAACUUUGCAAGUUCUCAGUUCCACAGACAACCCCACUGAGACCAGUGGCAAUAUUGACCCUACCUCUAGCAGUGUCACAAUUGAUACUGCUAAGCUCACUUCUUCGACAGUAGGCACGGAGGAAGAGAUGAGUGCAUCACAAGAACUAGAGACGACUUCAUCAGUUGUAACCGAUGAGGCUGUCCUUAGUACCAGUGAUGCAAUCUCCACUAAACAAAAAACACCUACAAUAACUGAUGUGGAGUAUACAACGAAGAAGGCUACCACAAAUUCUGCCCAUGCCAAUACCGGCCAAGAAAUGAACAAAUCUAUCGCAACUACAAUAGUCACUAAUACUGCUAGAGGUGAUAUGUCAGCUACAAAUAUUCCUUUUAGAGAAACGUCAUCGAAAAGUAAUGUAAUUACCGCUGGUUCAGUUGUGUCCACGGACGGUGUCGAUACGCCUCGUAGCACAACGUCCUUUACCACUGAUGUUACAUCUUCUGUCGGAUUCAUGGCCACUCAAAUGGCAACAUCAAAUAAUGUUCCAACAGAGUCUCCACCAUUUGAAUCCACUACAACUACAUCAACUACCUUGGAACCUACUGUAAGAGACCUCAGCACAAAGCUCGGUACAAAAAUUGGAAACGAAGUUUCCGCUACCGAGGAAGAAAACACCGCACCUAAUUUUUUAGCAACUACAGUAUCUGUUGCUGAAGCUGUAUCAUCAUCAAAUACUCCUUCGAAGUUCAAAACUUCGCAAGUUCUCAGUUCCACAGACAACCCCACUAAGACCAGUGGCAAUAUUGACACUACCUCAAGCAAUUCCACAGUUGUUACUGCUAAGCUCACUUCUUCUACAGUAAGCACGCAGGUAGAGAUGAGUGCAUCACAAGAACUAGAGACGCCUUCAUCAGUUGUAACCGAUGAGGCUGUCCUUAGUACUAUUGAUGCAAUGUCCAUUAAACAAAAAACACCUUCAAUAACUGAUGUGGAGUAUACAACGAAGAAAGCUACCACAAAUUCUGCCGAUGCCAAUACCGGCCAAGAAAUGAACAAAUCUAUCGCAACUACAAUAGUCACUAAUACUGCUAGAGGCCAUAUGUCAACUACAAACAUUCCUUUUAGAGAAAUUUCAUCGAAAAGUAAUGUAAUUACCGAUGGUUCAGUUGUGUCCACGGACAGUGUCGAUACGCCUCGUAGCACAACGUCCUUUACCACUGAUGUUAUAUCCUCUGUCGGAUCCAUGGCCACUCAAAUGGCAACAUCAAAUAAUGUUCCAACAGCGUCUCCAACAUUUGAUUCCACUACAACUACAUUGACUACCUUGGAACCUACUGUAAGUGACCUCAGCACAAAGCUCGGUACAAAAAUUGGAAUCGAAGUUUCCACUACCGAGGAAGAAAAAACCACACCAAGUGCUUUAGCAACUACAGUGUUUGUUAGUGAAGCUGUAUCAUCAUCAAAUACUCCAUUUAGAGAAACGUCAUCGAAAGGUAAUGUAAUUACCGCUGGUUCAGUUGUGUCUACGGACGGUGUCGAUACACCUCUUGGCACAACGCCUUUCACCACUGAAGUUACAAAUUCUGUCGGAUUCAAGGACACUCAAAUGGCAACAUCAAAUACUGUUCCAAGAACGUCUCCAGCAUUUGAUUCCGCUACAACUACAUCGACUACCUUGGAACCUACCGUAAGUGACCACAGCACGAAGCUCGCUACAAAAAUUGGAAUCGAAGUUUCCACUACCGAGGAAGAAAACACCACACCAAAUUCUUUAGCAACUACAGUUUCUGUUGGUGAAGCUGUAUCAUCAUCAAAUACUCCUUCGAAGUUCAAAACUUCGCAAGUUCUCAGUUCCACAGACAACCCCACUGAGACCAGUGGCAAUAUUGACACUACCUCCAGCAGUGUCACAAUUGUUACUGCUAAGCUCACUUCUUCGACAGUAGGCACGCAGGUAGAGAUGAGUGCAGCACAAGAACUAGAGACGACAUCACCAGUUGUAACCGAUGAGGCUGUCCUUAGUACUACUGAUGCAAUCUCCACUAAACAAAAAACACCUUUAAUAACUGAUGUGAGGUAUACAACGAAGAAGGCUACCACAAAUUCUGCCGAUGUCAAUACCGGCGAAGAAAUGAACAAAUCUAUCGCAACUACAAUAGUCACUAAUACUGCUAGAGGCGAUAUGUCAACUACAAGCAUUCGUUUUAGAGAAACGUCAUCGAAAAGUAAUGUAAUUACUGCUGGUUCAGUUGUGUCCACGGACGGUGUCGAUACGCCUCGUAGCACAACGUCCUUUACCACUGAUGUUACAUCUUCUGUCGGAUCCAUGGCCACUCAACUGGCAACAUCAAAUAAUGUUUUAACAGAGUCUGCAAUAUUUGAUUCCACUACAACUACAUUCACUACCUUGGAACCUACUGUAAGUGACCUCAGCACAAAGCUCGGUACAAAAAUUGGAAUGGAAGUUUCCACUACCGAGGAAGAAAACAGCACACCAAAUUCUUUACCAACUACAGUUUCUGUUAGUGAAGCUGUAUCAUCAUCAAAUACUCCUUCGAAGUUCAAAACUUCGCAAGUUCUCAGUUCCACAGACAACCCCAAUGAGACCAGCGGCAAUAUUGACACUACCUCCAGCAGUGCCACAGUUGUUACUGCUAAGCUCACGUCUUCGACAGUAAGCACGCAAGUAAAGAUGAGUGCAUCACAAGAACUAGAGGCGACUUCAUCACUUGUAACCGAUGAGGCUGUCGUUAGUACUACUAAUGCAAUCUCCACUAAACAAAAAACACCUUUAUUAACUGAUGUGGAUUAUACAACGAAGGAUGCUACCACAAAUUCUGCGCAUGUCAAUACCGGCAAAGAAUUGAACAAAUCUAUAGAAACUACAUUAGUCACUAACACUGCUGACGGCGAUAUAUCAACUACAAACAUUCCUUUUAGAGAAACGUCUUUGAAAAGUGAUGUAAUGACAGGUGGUCCAGUUAUUUCCACUGAAAGUGUGACUACUUUUCCUGGAACAACUUCCCCUAACAGUGCAAGUACCACUACCUUGAGAACUACACAAGUUGAUGGUCAAUGGAGUGAAUGGUCCGUGUGGAGUUAUUGUAAUGCAACUUGUGGAGGGGGGAUAUCAUUUCGUACGCGAAAUUGCUCUUUCCCGACCAAUGGUGGUAAGGACUGUACUGGAGACAUAAUGAGUUUAAAGCCUUGUGCUUUCGAUUCUUGCUCAGGUUAUUAUUUGACUGAACGUGGGAUGCUCGAUUGCAAAUCCUUUUGUCUUAAUAAAGGCUUGAUCUGUGCGCCUGUAAUUAAUACAAAUAAUGAAACGAGGCUAUUCGAAAAGCUUGGUGCUUCUUGCUCCAGAAGAAGUACGCAGGAUUAUUAUUCAGAGAGUUACCAUCCAUCUUACAAUCCUUUACUUCGAAUAUGUGCAGGAUAUAUUGGUGUUCCAAAUUCAAUUAUUUGCAAAGUUACCGCAGGACCAUCCAACAUACAAAGGGUAUGCCAAUGUCUUGAUAAAGCUGAUUCUGGCUUCACGCAAUGGGCGUCUUGGAGUCGUUGCUCCGCAACCUGUGGAGAAGCGGUGAAAACUCGAAAAAGGCUUUGUUAUGGAUUUUGCUCUGGUGCAUACAAACAGACAGAUAAAUGCGACGUGCCUCUUUGUCCAAUCGAUGGACAAUGGGGUGAAUGGACCGAAUAUUCGUCCUGCAAUCAGACCUGUGGUUAUGGUUACAGAGAAAAAACUCGAGCGUGUGAUCAACCAAAAUCUCAGUACGGUGGUAUGAGCUGUCCAGGACCAAGUUCUCAUCUUAUAGGCGGCUGCAAUCCGGACCCGUGCCCAAUUCAUGGUGGAGUAAGUCAGUGGGAGUCCUGGGGAAUCUGUGAAAGUCCAUGUGGUGCAUCAACUGCAACCAGAAGAAGAUAUUGCAACAAUCCAUCACCUGCACGUCGUGGUAGACCAUGCAAUGAAUCUCUUGAGGAUACGCGUGUUUGCAACUUAACAAAGUGCUUGCCCAUUAAAAUGUUUUACACAUUUCACUUUCCUGAUGAAGAAUGGUAUUACAAACUAGUUUACAUAAAUCGUGCAGAAGCGAAAGAAAUGACUACAAAACUAAAAAAGAAUAUCAUGAAAGCUUACAAUAACGCAUCUUUCAUCCAUGGUGUAACUGUCCACAGAUUUACACGGGGAAGUGUCAUUGCCGAUUUCACCAUCUUAUAUGAACAAAUCAACAGUGAUCAGGUGCUCUCCUUCAUAGAUGAAGUGUCAGUAACAAAAAAACUAGGAAAUAUGACUGUAGAUAAACAUGAAUUUAAUUCAACGACAAUCACCUGCAUGUCACCUCAAGAUGUCAGCGUAGAAGAGUAUGACAAAACAAGUGUCAAUAUCUCAUGGACAAUUCUACCUUGUUAUAAUGAACACAUCGCAACCUUUGUCUAUCUAUACUACCGCGAUAUGCAACGACCAAAUAUCACUUGGUAUGUUCAAGGGGUUGACGUUGAACAAUCUUGGUUGCUUUUAAAAGACUUACAGCCUGCAAAUGAAUACAAAGCGUACCUUCUUAUAUCUUCAAACGUUGGUAAUGGUCCACCAAGCGAUAUGUUUUUGAUUAAAACACCUGUAUCUCCUCCGUCUCUUCCACCACAAAGUCUUUCUACAAUCUCCACUGCACCGGAAGAAAUCUUCAUGGAUUGGUUAAAUAUCCCAGAAAAGUACCAAAAUGGCGAAUUAUUAGGUUACCGCGUGAGAUACAAAAAAUAUCUGGGAAAUACCUGGCAUACAAAAGUUGUCGAUUUAACAACAACUGUAUUAACUGAACUCAAGCCAUACACUGUGUAUUAUAUUGAAGUUGCAGGCUUUAAUACCGCUGGGGAGGGACCUACUGAGUACAGCAUCAUUAGGACGCAGGAGGGAGUACCAUCAGUUCCCGUACCAGAUGUUAUCGUCAAUGACAUGGAAUCUGUCAAUUGGUGGUCUAUCUCUUGGGAUUCAUUACCUUCAGAUAAAAUAAAUGGCAUCCUUUUAGGCUACAAACUAGUCUAUUACAUCGUUGAAAAGUCAGGAUUGGAAAUAGGCGUUGGAACUGAAAAAACUGAGCUGGAGUUGGAUGUAUUUACAUUUUAUUAUAAAGUCACUGGUUUGGAGAACUAUGCAGCAUACAACGUUAGUGUGACCGGAUUCACUGCUGUUGGAAAUGGACCUGCACCAAUAUAUCUAGCUAAAACUUGCAAUUGUCGAGAACAUUUAUAUGGUAAUUGGUAUGAGAAUGCUCCAUACACAGAGCUGGAUAGUCCUUCAAAUCUCAAAGGCCUUAUUCCUACCAUGCUAUCUAAGUUGAUGAUUGAAGCAUGUGGUACUUGUAAGCCGUAUGGUCAAUCCAAAAUUCACUUUUUUACGUCAAAAACAGGAGAGUCUCCGCAAAAAGAAACAGAGUUGGACUUAAAAAACAGCAUAUCUAGCCAUGUUGAUGCAAGUUUUCCUAUCUAUGGAGAUAAAUUUCGUAAAGUAUUGAUUCCAGAAAGCCUUUAUACGUUGGUCAUACCUUCGCCUGGAUGUUCAAUUGUGGUGAGGGACUCCAAAAGUGCUGAUACUGUGAACCGGAUGAUUUUUAAUGUUUUGAAAGUAUGGCCGUUGUUGUUGGUUAGUUACUGCAUUGCUACAUUGUUUGGGAUUCUGAUAUGGUUUUCGGAUCAAUUUUCCAAUCCAGAAGAAUUCACAUUAGGCAGAACAUUUCGGGGAAUGCUUGCUGGAUUUUGGUUUGCUUUUGUUACCAUGACAACAGUUGGGUACGGAGACCUAGCACCUCGUUCUGUUAUUGCUAAAAGUUUAUCAAUGCUUUGGUUCCUGACUGGUUUGGUAUUGAAUGGUAUUAUUAUUGGAUUUAUUACAACCGCUCUGUCAACACUUAACACCCCUGAAGAAGUGAAGCUCUACAAUACGAAGGUUGCUGCUCUGAAUAAUUCGUUUGAGUACCGAUACGCAGUGUUGAGAAAUGCCAGGCUUGAUAAAAAUAAACAAUACAAAGAUGUUAUUUCGAUGUUAGAAGCAUUAGAAAGUCACGUGGUUGAUGCAGUAUUGAUAGACACAUACUCGAUGACGUCAGUAAAAAGUAUCAUUGAAAGUAAAAAUCAACGAGUAAAAGCGUUAAUAAAAACAAAUACUGGUUUUGGUUUUAUACUGUCUGGUUUGUCACAAGCACUACAAGCUGACCUUGAAAGUUUAAUACAGGGUCGACAAAAUGAAAUAACAGAGUUUAUCGCUUCUCUGAAGCACAAAAUACCAAAUUUGAAUUUACCUGUAACUGGAGAAGCCACACAAGAUUUAUUCAGUGCAAGCGGUGAACCUUUCCAGAAUUCUGUCCUGUAUAUGGGAGCUAUGAUUGGUAUUACAACUUUCCUUGGUAUUAUAUGUGAAGUUUACAGAAGAAGAAGAAAAAAUAAAGUCAAAAGUAAAUGUAUACAAUGCAAUGUCAAGGAACUUGGCGAGAUGAUAAAAGAUUGUCGCAAUCGAAUGGUUAAAAAAAGUGCAGAAAUUGAGAAAGUUCAUUUAAAAGAACUUCUGCAGUUACAAAUAAUGAAAAAACGCUACAAAAACAAAAUUGAAAGCAAAGGCCAAGUAAGCGUUGAUAAUAUGAUUAAAAUUUCUUUUGGUGAUGAAUUGAAGAGAAAAAAGUUGUGCAAAUUUAGAAAGGUCCACCCAGCUCCUGAAAGCUUGGGUAGUAUCCCAUCUUCAAGUAAAAAAACUGAUGAUCCACAGUCGAAUAAAAAAAAUAACCAACAACCAAAUGGAGAUGCAAAGAAGGGAACUGCAUCAAAUGAAGUGGCAAAGAAAGGUCGCCAACAGACAACAAAACCAGAACGUACAGCCCAGUUAAAAGGCAAAGCCAAGAAAAAUGCAAACAAUACGCAACCAGCGCAACCGAACUUUAUUGUUUUUAACCCGAAAGAAGGAAACCAGCUAAAUUUUACUAAUGUAUAAGUAAAUAACUGUAUUCAAAAAAAAGUAUUUAUAUAAAUUUAUAAAGAUAGUGUAAUUUGUGA